UGCUGUAGCCGGUUGUAACGGUGAUGGCUCUCCCAUAAAGCAGGGGGAGCGGGGCUGUGUUUUCUGACUAGACACCGAGUGAAGUGCCGUGGCCAUGGCUGGGGUUUUCGACAUCGAUUUGGAUCAACCGGAUGAGAAUGUGUCUGACGACGAACUUGAGGACGGGAGCCAGCUCAGUGAAUACAUGGACCAGUGCAGUGGCUUUGAAUUUAACAUGGAUGACUGUGAGAAGUUUGAAAUUUCAGAGAACAGCGUGAACAAGGGAACAGAGCAGAUCAGGCCUGAAUGCUUUGAGCUGCUGAAAGUUUUGGGAAAAGGUGGCUAUGGGAAGGUUUUUCAAGUUCGGAAGGUGUCAGGUGCUGCCUCUGGCAAGAUAUUUGCUAUGAAAGUUUUGAAGAAGGCCAUGAUCGUGCGUAAUGCAAAGGACACGGCGCACACCAAAGCCGAAAGGAACAUUCUGGAGGAGGUGAAGCAUCCUUUCAUUGUAGACCUCAUCUAUGCCUUUCAGACGGGCGGAAAGUUGUACCUUAUCCUGGAGUAUCUGAGCGGUGGGGAGCUGUUUAUGCAGCUGGAAAGAGAGGGGAUCUUCAUGGAAGACACAGCAUGUUUCUACCUGGCCGAGAUCUCGAUGGCACUGGGUCACCUGCACCAGAAAGGCAUCAUCUAUAGAGACCUGAAGCCUGAGAACAUCAUGCUCAACAACAACGGUCACGUGAAGUUAACAGACUUCGGCCUAUGCAAAGAGUCCAUCCAUGAUGGAACGGUCACCCACACCUUCUGUGGCACUAUUGAAUACAUGGCUCCAGAGAUCCUAAUGAGGAGUGGACACAACCGAGCGGUGGACUGGUGGAGCUUGGGAGCUCUCAUGUAUGACAUGCUGACAGGAGCACCUCCGUUCACUGGUGAAAACCGAAAGAAGACAAUUGACAAAAUCCUGAAAUGCAAACUCAGCCUUCCACCUUACCUCACACAAGAAGCCAGGGACCUCCUGAAAAAACUGCUGAAACGAAAUGCCUCAUUACGACUCGGGGCUGGACCGGGAGAUGCUGCUGAGGUCCAGGCCCACCCGUUCUUCCGGCAUAUAAAUUGGGAUGACCUCCUUGCUCGCAAAGUAGAGCCUCCAUUUAAACCUUUCCUGCAAUCGGCCGAUGACGUCAGCCAAUUCGACUCCAAGUUCACCAGCCAGACUCCUGUGGACAGCCCUGACGACUCCACGCUCAGCGAAAGUGCCAAUCAAGUCUUCCUGGGUUUCACAUAUGUAGCCCCAUCUGUGCUUGAAAACGUCAAAGAGAAGUUCUCUUUUGAGCCAAAGGUCCGCUCACCGCGGAAGUUUCCAGGAAGCCCAAGAACACCUGUGAGUCCAGUGAAGUUUGUAGGAGGGGACUGCUGGCCCCGGGGCCCGACGCUGACCGGCUGCCCGUCCCUGCUGGCCCCCGGCAGCUCUGCGGAGCAACCCAUGGAGGUGUCGACAGCAGAGCAAAUGGACACGAGCGGCAGCGGCACCUCCGAGGCCUCUGCGCCGCUUCCCAUCAGGCACCCUUCAGGCAUCAAUGCAGGGCCCUACAAAAAGCAGGCCUACCCCAUGAACUCCAAGCGGCCCGAACAUCUACGAAUGAACUUAUGACGCUCGGCUCGCCUACGAACAUUAGGACUCUUCUAAAUCCCCCUCCUCUUCCCUUUUUUUGUUUUCUUUCAAAGAGACUUGUAGAAUUUUUUUUUUAAUUGACUGACACUGACAUUGUCAAUGCUGAUCACCAGCUCUUCCAGCGGCGCCUUCCCCCCCUCUUGGCCUCCCAAAUCCUCCUGACUCAGCCUGGCCUCGUCACCUGACGCAGUUAAUCAGCAGUUUAAGAGCAGCAGGUAUGUGGUCGGGCGAGGAGUGGUGCGAGAGCGGUGCUCUUCAAUGAAAGUUGACUUCCUCGUCGGUUGGGUAAUGCCAACUGAUGAGUGGGCUGAGGUGGUUUCGGUGGCAUUAAGAUAUGAUUUACUGGUGCUCUUUUAUCCUCAAGUCUGGACAGUGUUACUGGUAGUGUUUACGACUUGUUGCCUCCAUCACAGUGAGAGAAUUUGGUAUUUCUCCCUCAACAUGCCAGGCUUUUUUUGUUUGUUUGAUGGUCAUCUUGUGAUGUGUGAAGAACUUGCAGGUCAGUAGGUAGAAUUAUUGGAUAACAAUUCCACAAUGAACACAAUAUUCCUUUUAUGUUUUAGGAAAACAAUCACAUUGCCUUUGUCACUGGAGCGUGUGGUCUGGGGGUAGGUGGAGCACGACUUACGGAAAAGCAGCUAUAAAAAGAUAGAAGUGACAUUUCAGCUGAAAGCAUCACUUCCACCACAAUCAAUACCAAAUGCUGGCACUGCUUUGCUUGUCCUGGAAUGCUUUCUGUAGGAGGUCUGUCCAGAAGCACUGUUUCUUUGUGUUGAAGGUAAACGGACUCUAAAUGCCUUUUUGCGUGUCACUUCAAUCUCCUGCGCUGAGCUCUAAUGACCCCUGCAGCGUUACUUCGAACUCAUCGAAUCACGCAGCCCCAUUCCCACCGUCGUGGCUGCAGACCAGCAAACAUCCACCCAAAAUAUGCUCAGCCAAAUUUACAUCAUAUCUAAUAUGCAUUGGUAUGCUUUUUGUGCAUCUGCAGUAACGGGGCUGGCAGUGGUAGGGGGAUAAACCCGGGCCUGAUUCCAAAAAGUUGGGACGCUGUGUAAAACAUCGAUAACAACAGAAUGAAGUCGUUAAGAAACACUAUUUUUACUCACAACGGUUUUAAGAAGGGUUCCUCAGCCCAUGUAGGAACAUCCUUUAUCCUAUCAUGUGUUCACAAAGUGGUGAACCUCACUCCAUCAAUGCCUGUGAACAGCUGAGCCUUUCAGGAUGUUCCUUUCAUACCCAAUCAUGAUCCUAUCACCUGUUACCAAUCAACCUGUUUACCUGUGGAAUGAUCCAAACAGGUGUUUCUGGAGCGUUACACAGCUUUCCCAGUCUUUUGAGCUCCUGUCCCAAC